ACGGUCAACAUCUAAAAAAAACAAGGCCACCCACAAAUGUUUACAAAUUUGGAGAGCCACCGAAAAAAUCCACCUUAAGCCACAGGAGAGUUACCAGGAUGAGGGUGCUCCUGAGUUUGUGUGCUGCGCUGGUGCUGCUUUGGUCCACUGUCCAGUGUCACCAUAACGGUGAUCACAGUCACCAUAACAAUGAUCACAGUCACCAUGGCAAUAACGAUGACAGCGUUUCUGCCGAUGGAAGCCUGAAGAUAUACCAGGAGAACCUGGACUUUGCUUUCCGUCUGUACAAGCACAUCUCCGCCCAGCCCGAUUCUCAGUCCAAGAACGUCUUCUUCUCCCCGCUGAGCGUGUCCGUGGCCCUGGCUGCUCUGUCCGUGGGAGCCAGAGGGAAGACGCACCAGCAGCUCUUUGAAGGUCUGGGCUUCAACAGCACAGAAAUCACCACAGAGGAAGUGAACCAGGCCUUCCAACACAUCCAUCACAACCUCAAUGAGAAAACGGGCAUAGACCUGUCGCUCGGGAAUGCACUCUUCAUUGGAGAGAACAUCAAGCCACGUCCUGAGUUCCUGGAGAGCAUGAAACGCUAUUACGAGUCAGAGGGUUUCAGCACCGACUUCAGCAAGCCUGAAGAGGCCAAGGAACAGAUCAAUAAGUAUGUCAAUGAAAAGACCAAGGGUAAAAUAUCAGAGCUGGUUCAGGAUGUGGAUCCGCUGACAGUCAUGUAUCUCAUCAACUACAUAUACUUCAAAGGGAAAUGGAAGGUGCCAUUCGACCCAGAAUCAACAACGGAAAGGCCAUUCUUCGUAGACAACACAACAGAAGUCAAAGUCCAAAUGAUGAUGAAAAAGAACCAUUUUCAUGUUUAUCAUGAUGUUCCAAUCUCCACACAAGUUCUCCAGCUGCCCUAUAAUGACUCUGUCUCCAUGUUGCUGCUCCUUCCCGAGGCUGGGAUGCCUCUUCUGGAAAAGGCCAUCUGCAGCCAACACCUGGCAAAAUGGUUAAAAUGGAUGACAAAAACGGAGUGUAGAGUGUCCGUUCCCAAAUUCAAUAUCACAACGUCAUACUUGCUCAAGGACAUCUUGUCUGAUAUGGGAAUGCCGGACAUAUUUGAAAACACGGCUGACUUCACAGGAAUAAUGGAUGAAGGAUCAAAGCUUAAAGUGUCCAAGGUUGUUCAUCAGGCUUCAUUAAGCGUGGAUGAAGCAGGGAGCACUGCAGCCGCUGGAACCGGGCUGAGCAUCACGCUUCACUCUGCACACCGCGUUCCCUUUCUGAAGUUCGAUCGGCCCUUCAUGCUCCUGAUCUGCAACACUGACACCAAAAGUAUUCUCUUCAUGGGGAAAAUUGUGAAUCCGUUGGCGACAUAGACAUUGCCCAUUGGGCUGUCUGUUAAAAUGCAAUAAAGGUUAAAUAAAAAGUAAAAAAUGCUUUCUAACUA